AUGAGGAUAACGGUGUCCGUCGUAUUGUUUCUGGGUCUCGCCCUUUACGUUCAGAGUGAACCGAUUCCCGGGAACAAGGAAGAGGAUGAUCAAAGUGCCCUCGACUGCGUGUGGGAGGACAACACGAUGGGAUGUCUGAGAACGAGGCUGGCCAGGGACAUCGAUCGGAUCGAGAUGCAGGUGACCGGGAAGAAGAGCGAAACUCCGAUGAGCGCGGUGAUCGAGCAGGCUGGUAACUUCAUGGCCGAGGUGGUCGACGACAUUCAAAAUCCCGAUAAAGCGGAACAGGUCGAAGAAGAGCCGGAAGCCGACGAAAAAGUGGAAGGACGCCGAAAGAAAUUCGGCAAGAAGAAGAAACAGCUCCAGAAACUUCUCGGUCUGGCGAUGCUGUUCAAAGCGAAACUGAGCCUACUGCUUCAGCUGGUGUCCACCCAUUUACAAGUGAAAUUCUUCGUUAUCGCUGUAAUCACCUUGAUCCUCAACGCCGCCAGGUUCUGGCUGGACAUUAAGAAAUCCCAUCCGGCGAAGGUUAUCUAUUACGAGCACGCUCAACACCAGCAUCAUUACGAUCACGACGACCACGAGCACAGUGGUGGCGGCGGUUACUGGGGUCGUUCGUCGAACGAUUCCCCGCAGGAUCUCGCUUAUUCCGCUUACGCGGCGAAAAAUUAA